CAGCAAUUCAUCGGUCCUUGACUGGUACGACCACUGGCUCUGACCAUCACUAUCUGUGUUCCCUAACAAGUCCAAACUGCCACCAUGCAGGCCGACGUGAAAGUGAAGAAGACCUCCACACCCAUAAAGGCUACCCCUGUUAAAUCGAGUCGCGGCUUCAAGGAAUCCAAAUCAGACCAUAUGAGUCUUUCCUCGAAACAGAAGACUCCUCUGCAGAGCAAAUCUGUUGGCUCUCCACUUGGAAAGCCAUACCUCAGCAAGAGCUAUGAAAACCUGUCCUUACACCAGAAGAAAAAACUUUCUGCUUACGUUGAUCAUAGGCCAAAAUCCAGUCUAGGUCUUCCGAAGGCAGAUCACCCAGGAAAGCAAAGCAAUAAGGAAAACGUUCGGAAAGACAAAGAGGGCUUUGUUAAACCAAAGCCGGUCAAGGCUUUUAUUGUAGCCCCAAUACGUAAAGCUUCCAGCACUCAGCACAUAGACAAGAGUGGGGGCAAUGGUAGCAGUGAGAGUGGAGGAAGGGGCACCCCUCAGAAAUCCUACACCAGUAGGAUGCAGGCAAUGAAACGGGCUCACAGUCAACAGAAUGUCAGUAAAGACAAGCUAGCACGUAAACGAACUUCCGCUCCUGCUGAUGUGAUGGCAUAUAAUGCAGAACUUCUUGCCAACUUUGAGAAGGACAAAAAAUUGCUUGAGGCAAGAAUCUCUGAGUUAGUUCAAGUGGCAGAAAACAGGAAAGCAGAAAUUGAGAAGUUCAAAUAUGAAACAAAAAAUUUAAAGGAACAAAUUCCUUCUCAUGAUUUAAAGGAUGAAAUUCAGUUUUUAAGGACAGAGAAUAAAUUGUACAUGGCUCAGCUGAAGGAUCUAGGACAUCCUGUUGAACAGAUUACAGACACAGAGAAGCUGUCUCGGUUAAAGAGUCAGGCAGCCAAGGGAGGUAAAUCUGUUGAAGGGAAUGUUCCAAAGAGUAUGAGUUGUGACAGUUUGUCGACAGAUGGACGUUGUAACACUGGUAAAUUUGACACACUUGACCGAUCAGUGACGUCGGAGCCAGGUAUGUCACUCAAUGACAUCUGUAGCCAAGUACCUGAGCAUCCAUCGCUGUGUUCACUGGAAAUCAGCGCAAACUGGGAGAAGGGAAGUAAUAAGAGCAGUGAUGCUCUUAGUGAGGUCAGCGUAGCAGGACUGACAGAGCGAAUACUGCAAAUGGAGGAGAGCCACUACAGCACGAAUGAGGAACUGCAGGCUACAUUGCAAGAGCUUGGCGACCUACAGCACAGUGUUAAUGAGCUCUCUGAUGAAAACGAGCGUCUCUUUAAUGAAAGGAACAUUCUGUUGGAGUCUCUUUGUACUCAGACUGAGAAACUAGAACAUUGUCGCAUACAGAUUGAACAGCUGAAGAGUUUGUUGAUAAGUGGUACAUUACCAGACACUACCAACAGGGAACUGCAGUUGUUGGAGUUACUAAAGGCGGGUCAGGACGAGAGAGAGGAGAUGAUACGCAAGCAGAAUGAAUAUGCAAAUGCACUUCACAACUGCGAGCAAGACUUGCGUGAGUCACAAGAUGUUGUAGAUACAGCACGUGACAAAUCUUUACUGUUGGAGGACACUGCAUCCAGUUUAAGAUCUGAGCGUGACUCUUAUGCACAGCUUAAUACUGAACUGAAGGAACAAGUGGCAAAUAAUAGAAUAGAGAUUUCCCAUUACAAGACUCUGCUGGAGAAUGAGAAGACACGUGUCCAAGAGCUAGACCAGUACUGUGCUGCAUCUAAGCGCUCUGAUCUGGAGGAACUGCUUCAUAAUGCCCUACAGGAGAAAGACAAAUUGGAGGAUAAAUGUGCUAAUACUAAGGAAAAAUUACUCCACAGUCAAAAUGAGGUGGACAAUCUAAGGGAGACAAUACGUUCCAGGGAUGAUGAGCUCAUGGUGGCUAAGAAUAAUGGGCGAACACAAGUGCACGACCUUGAGUAUAAGAUAGAACGUGCGGAAAAAGAACGUGAAGACAAUAAGAUGGAAAUUGAGUCACUUCGGCAACGUUUGGGUGAGGAAGCACAAGUGGUAGACCAGCUUCGAGAGGACAAGAAGUGUCUGGCAGUGGAAGUUCAAGGGUUACAUAAACAACUUGAUGUUAUCUCACAAGAUAAAAACAAAUUGGAAGCAGAGGCGAUGGAGCUCCGGGAGAAGAUGGAGCAAAAGACCGAGGAGUGGCAACAGUUUCAAAAAGACCUCCAGGUGGCAGUACUGGUUGCAAACGACUUCCGUGCCGAGACACAGGAAGACCGAGAUAAAAUACAGCAGGACAAUGCCACUCUUGGUGAAAAAGUUGCCAGUCUGCAGAUGGAUGUUGAAAAGCUACGAGAAGAGAAUGAGCGACUGAAGUCUCAGAAAACGUUUGAUGAAAAGAGUAGUACGCCAAAGUCUAUCAUGUCAAACGCAGAAUUAAAAGGAAAGGUUAUGUGUACAGUUGACAGGGAAUUGCUACAUCUACGUGACAAACGCCAGGAUAAGAAUGCUACCCAGUCUGUAAAAAGCUUGAUUCGCUCCAUUGAGGAACAAGUGAAGAGCGGUUGUUCAUCUCUUCAUUCCAGUACAUGUAGCUCACGGAGGAACUCAGACACCACAGAUGGGACUUCUUUGUCAGGUAUCCGUGAAUUCCAGGACCUUGUCAAGUCUCCAUCCUCUCCGAAUGUUGAAGGAUCUCCUUUAUACAACACAAGCACUCCAGAUGUCACACUCCGUUCUGCCCUAAAAAAGACUGAGAAACCCUCACCUAUACGUCUUUCAGUUGGUAUGCUGUCCUUUGAUAGUCCUCGCUCGCCAUUAGAAACUGGGCCAAAGUCAGCGCCCCCUAGCAGCAAAACUGACACAUCCCCGACAAUCACAUCUAUACUUUCCAAUAGACCUUCGUCUAGUAUACGACGCAGCAGUACGGUCGGCCUGGUGGAAAGCGGUGACCGGAAAGAGGUGAGCUCCAAAGAUCCACUCAGCAUGUUGUCAAAACAGAUGGGAGGCUCGAAGAGGAAUGCUCUGCUCAAAUGGUGUCAGCAAAAAACUAUAAAUUAUCCAAAGGUAGACAUCACUAACUUCAGUAGUAGCUGGAAUGAUGGACUGGCGUUCUGUGCCCUGCUACAUAGCUACCUCCCAAGCAAGAUACCAUAUGUUGAUCUCUCCUCAGAAGACAAGAGAAGAAACUUCAAUUAUGCAUUUGAAGCUGCUGAGAGUGUUGGGAUAUCUUCUUCAAUCCUGAAUAUUAAUGACAUGGUUGUGAUGGAACGUCCAGAUUGGCAAGCUGUCAUGGCAUAUGUGACGUCCAUCUACAAACACUUUGAGAUAGAAGCAAAACCGUGA